AUGGCGGUUAUCUCUAAGCCGCUUGUACGAUUGGAUAUAGUCCCUGUUUUAAAGUAUCUCCCAUCCUGGUUUCCCGGAGCCGGCUUCAAGCGCCUAGCCACCAAGAAGAAGAUUGCAGUCAACAAUGCUACCGAGGCUCCUUACGAUCAAUUAAAGGCAUCGAUGCAAGAGGGAAAUGCAAAGCCCUGCUUUGCAGCUUCCCUGCUUUCUAGGGUUGAGAGCGGCAAGAAUACGACAGAUUUGGACCAAGUCUUCAUGUCCCUAACUGGGACAACAAUAUCAACUCUUAUGACAUUUGUGCUGGCUAUGACUAUGUUUCCUGAAACACAGGUCGCAGUCCACGCGGAGCUCGAUCGGGUAUUGGGUAGGAAUUGUUUGCCUGAGAUAGAAGAUCAAGAGUCUCUUCCUCAAAACACUGCUAUCAUCAACGAAGUUCUACGCUGGCAUCCUGUUGCACCUCUUGGGCUUCUACACCAGACCACCACCUCCGACUACUAUGGAGAGUAUUACAUUCUGGCAGGAACUGUCAUCCUAAGUAACAUCUGGGCUAUGCUAUAUGACGAGAACGUCUUUCUCAGUCCCAACAUAUUCAAGCCGGAGCGGUUCCUUGACAAGGGUGGCUCGCUGAGGGACGACAUACCUUAUCCCAUUGAAGCAUUCGGUUUUGGGCAGCGAAUUUGCCUAGGCCGCUACUUUGCGCAUGAUAUCGUGUGGCUGGCUGUUGCGCAAAUACUCACUGUGUUCAAAAUUGAGCGCGCCAUCGACAAGAGCGGGAACGAGAUUCGGCCUAAGGGAGAGUUUACCCCUCACCUCAGCAGGUGA